GGUUGAUCCUGUGGUCCCCUCCCACCACCUUCUAGCAUGUAUAUAAAUUGUCAGCUCUCCAGACCCUUUGCCAGUUCUCUCUUCUAGACUUGCCUGAAGCAACAGAGGACUAAAGAUGAAGAUCUUUUUCUUAUUCACCUUUUCAACUUUUUUGUUAUCUGCUUUUGAACAAGCAGCUGCUUCUGCUCACUAUGACAAGAUUUUAACUCACAGUCGAAUAAGGGCACGCGACCAGGGCCCAAACGUCUGUGCUCUUCAGCAAGUUAUGGGAACAAAAAAGAAAUACUUCAGCACUUGCAGAAACUGGUACCAGCAAGCCAUCUGUGGAAAAAAAGCAACCGUCUUAUAUGAGUGCUGUCCUGGCUAUAUGAAGAUGGAUGGUACAAGAGGAUGUCCUGCAGUUGCUCCUAUUGAUCAUGUGUAUGGUACGCUUGGUAUUGUGGGAGCUACCUCCACACAGCGCUACUCGGACAUCUCAAAGCUGAGAGAAGAGAUUGAGGGACGAGGAUCAUUCACUUUCUUUGCACCAAGCAAUGAAGCCUGGGACCAAUUAGAUUCAGAAAUUCACAGGAAUUUGGUUGACAAUGUAAAUAUUGAACUGUAUAAUGCUCUCCACCACCACAUGUUAAACAAGCGCAUGUUGACAAAAGAUCUUAAGAAUGGCAUGACCCUGGUGUCUAUGUAUAAUGGCCAGAAAUUGCUUAUCAACCAUUAUCCUAAUGGGGUUGUUACUGUUAACUGUGCCAGGAUCAUCCAUGGCAACCAGAUUGCUACCAAUGGUGUUGUCCAUGUCGUCGAUCGUGUCCUGACUGCUGUUGGAAAUACCAUUCAAGAUUUCAUUGAAGUUGAGGAUGAUCUGUCAUCAUUUAGAGCUCCUGCCAUUACAUCAGGUGUCAUGGACAUUCUCGGAAGACCUGGUCAUUACACACUCUUUGCUCCUACUAAUGAAGCUUUUGAGAGGCUUCCAAGAGGAGUUUUAGAAAGAAUCAUGGGUGACAAGGUGGCCUCUGAAGCUCUUGUGAAGUUCCAUAUAUUAAAUACUCUCCAGUGCUCUGAAGCCAUCACAGGUGGAGCUGUCUAUGAAACCUUAGAAGGAAACACUGUUGAAGUUGGUUGUGAUGGUGAAAGUCUGACUGUGAACGGAGUGAAAAUGGUGAAACGCAAAGAUAUUGUGACAAGCAAUGGUGUUAUCCACCUGAUUGACCAAGUGCUAAUUCCUGAUUCUGCCAAACAAGUCAUUGAGCUUGGGGGUGCUCAGCAGACUACAUUUACGGACCUGAUGGCGCAGCUGGGUCUGGCAUCUUCUCUAAGGCCAGAAGGCCAAUACACUCUCCUGGCACCUCUGAAUGGUGCUUUCUCAGAUGACACCUUAAGGCUGGAUCAACGUCUUCUUAAAACAAUCCUGCAGAAUCACAUUAUAAAAGUGAAAGUUGGGCUCAAUGAACUGUACAAUGGACAAGAGCUGGAAACAAUUGGAGGAAAACUACUUAGAGUCUUUGUGUAUCGCACAGCUGUAUGUAUUGAAAAUUCAUGCAUGGUCAGAGGAAGCAAAGAAGGAAGAAACGGUUUUAUUCACAUCUUCAGACAGAUCAUCAAUCCAGCAGAAAAGACUUUGCAUGAAAUGCUAAGAAAUGAUAAGCGAUUUAGCAUUUUCCUCAGUCUGGUGAAAGCAGCAGAUUUGGAUGAUGUUCUAUCACAGCCUGGACAGUGGACUCUGUUUGUCCCAACUAAUGAUGCCUUUAAAGGUUUGACUGAUGAUGACAAGGAUAUACUGAUAAGAGACAAAAAUGCUCUCAGGAAUAUUCUUCUUUACCACUUGACACAAGGAGUUUUUAUUGGAAGUGGCUUUGAGCCUGGUGUAACAAAUAUUCUUAAAACCAUCCAAGGAGGCAAACUCUACUUGAAAACAGUGAAUGACACUCUUCUGGUUAAUGAACUGAAAUCAAGAGAAUCGGAUCUCAUGGCAACAAAUGGUGUCAUUCAUGUCAUUGACAAGCUCCUAUAUCCAGCAGAACUGCCUGUUGGAAAUGAUCAGCUGCUCACAAUACUGAAGAAGUUGAUUAAAUACAUUCAAAUUAAGUUUGUUCGUGACAGUACCUUCAAAGAGAUUCCACUGACAUUUUACAAAAUUAACAUAAUUGAAAGCAACGUCCAGCCUAUCAUCACAAAGGAAGACCCAUCUAUCACACAGCUCACUAAAUUAAUUGAAGGGGAACCUGAGUUCAAAAUAGUCAGGGAAGGGGAGACAAUAACUAAAGUGAUUCAUGGAGAACCAAUUAUUAAAACAUACACCAAAAUCAUUGAUGGAAGACCUGUGGAAGUGACAGAGAAAAAAGUAACAGAAGAAAGAAUUAUUCAAGGUCCUGAAAUAAAAUAUACCAGAAUUACUGCAGGGGGCUCAGACAAUGAAGAGAAGUUAAAGAAAAUCCUUGAAGAAGAGGUUACCAAAGUGACCAAAUUUAUUGAAGGUGAUGGUCAUUUACUGGAAGAUGAAGAAAUUAAAAGACUUCUGCAGGGAGCCGGAACUGAGUACACCAAGGUUACUAAAGUAAUUGAGGGAGAGCCACAGAUUAUCGAGAGAGAAAUCAAGAAAGUUCAUCUGGAAGAAGCACCUGUACGGAAAGCACAACCAACCAGGAGGGCGCAAGGCGGAGCAGCAAGAAGGAGAACAAGACUAGAUCAUUCCUAAAAGCUUGCCAAGACAGAAUGCACAGAAUUAAAAAUUAACAACAUGGUCUUUGAGAGGAACUAUUUGGUUUUGUGGGGUUUUUUUUUUGUUGUUGUUAAUAAGAACAUUAGAAAAUGACGUUGUUUUGAUGACAUAAUAUAAACUGAACCAUGAAUCCGCAAAAAGAUGUGAAGCUGCAGAUACUCACUGCCAGCACAGUGCUCACUAAGAGUAGUCCAUUGGAGGUGCUUUUACUGCUCUUGAUAGUAAGCACUAUCAAGGGUGGGAUCCUGGAAGCCCAAAAACAUCUGUAGAACUGGGAUUCCUUCUUCUGCUGUUUAGUAAGUCUUAGCAGAAUUGGAUUAAAAAUAAGCAGGGAACAAUACAGAGUGUAUUUUUUUAUUAUUAUUAUUUCCACUAAAUAAGAAAUAUUAAUGAAAUUAGAUAAUUUCUAGAAAAAAAGAAAAAUAAUCACCUCAGGUGAUUUUUAUAGUAAUCUAAGGAAAUAUGAGAUGUUAACAUAGCACUUUUGGUUCAGUAGUAUUAUAUGCUUUUAUAAGUCAAAAUUCAUCAUGUGUUUAAAUUCGUAAUACCAGUAAUGUUACCUUUUCUAAGCAAACAAAUAUGCCUUAUAUUAAAUGUAUUAGGGGUUUUUUUUGUCCUACAGUGCAUAUCCAAACACCUUCUAGUAACUUGGCUAAUGGAAGCUCUUGGAAAAAAAAAAGCAAACAUUAUGAGCUUCUUGCAAGGUAUUAGAGAUCAUGUUGACUUCUUUAUUUAUAAGAAAUCACAUUCCCAUUAAAGGAAUCCUAUAACAAUACAUAUACCACGAUUCUUAAGUGUUUUCCCAUUUUUCCCUAAAUGUGCCUUUUGAUUAUUAAAGUGGACUAUAAAAGUGAUAAAUAAAAUGCAUGCAAGCAGUUAACUUAGCAUGGAAAAAGGUCUUUAAAAAAUGAGGCCAGGUCUGAAAGCUUUUGUAUCAAAACAUGCUUUGCUAAUGUCUGGUAUUAAUGUGGAGUUUUCUGUAAAUUAUGUCAAUUUUAUCACUCUUAAUUUUGUACUCAUAGAAGUUGUCUGCCUUUAUCAACAAAAGGUAAAAGACAAGUAUUCAUGGAGUAGAAAAAAUCUGUUCAAAGUUCCUUAAUUUUGCAGAUCAAAGUAUCAGAGGCAUUGUCUAACAUGCUUUUCUACUUCUGUUUUGAAAAUACUCAAUAAAGAAUUUGGCUGAA